CUACUGACCUUGUUUCUGGUUCUUCUACUUGACACAUACUGCAAACUACUACAGCAAAACAACAUUAAGACCAUAACAGUACUAAAAGACGCCAUGUUGGACUGAUGCUUUCAUAAUACAAAGCUUCUUUAUACCUUCUGUAAGUGACGUCAUAAAUCCGUCAUCACUGACUGACCUUUAAAACACUAUACAGCACGAUAUGAAUUGYAGCACAGCAAACUCUUGUGCGUUAUACUGGGAUUAGAAAAAACUUGAGGCAGGAAUUGCUCUGUUUUGCCAGUUAAGUGCUGUGUAAACACGCAACUGUUAAGAAAAAGAAGUCGGCAAGAAUUACAUCAGAACGAAACAAGGAACUAUUAAUAUAGACCAAGAUGGCGGGUCUAAAGGUGUUAUUGGUGAUCGUCUUGACUUCGUUGGCUGUGGAUGAGUCGAUGUGUCAUGUUGUACCAACAUCAAAGCAAUCACAGUCCAGCCAGUCGUUUGGUGCCUCGGCCAUUUCGUCCCUCAUGAUAUUCUCGCAACAACUCAAGUCACUUGAGGAUACAGUGAAGAGACAGAACAAGAAAAUUGAAAAUCAAAAUGACCGACUUGAAAARCUAAAAGCAUCCAUCAAUGACAAAGCCACCAAGUUUUCAGUUCAUAAAGUGAGGUCAGAGCUGCGAAACAAGUUUGACGUCAUAAGGCAAGACUUGGAGAUGAGAAAACGAGGCAUUGAACAAUAUAGGAACAAAAUGAACAAGUUGGAAAACAUCAUAUCGACAACCCAGUCAGACUACAGUGACAUUGAGAUGAAAGUAGAUGUUGUCCGAGAGCGAUUCGAUGAUCUGAGCACAAAAUGUCGUCGUGUGAAGACAGGUUGGAAUAACCGUGCUAAUGGUGAAAUCUUGUUCCUUGAUCGUCACUAUUUGUCAUGUAGAUCCAAUGAGUUUAUUCAUUCGUUUCUUCUUGAGCGACGUAGUGACGUACCAUGGUCUAUGGUMAGAUAUGUGUACGAGUGUUGUAAAUAUACCAUAUAGUUACCAAGGUAACGUAUGGUGGUAAGACCAGGGUAUCCGUCAUAUACAUUGGUUGGACUCGAAUAAGCCACCCCUGUCAUUCAGAAUAAACCCACAAAACCCGUAUCAUUAUUACUACCCACUAACUGAUAUCACCUAAUAUGGCAACUGAAUUCCAAAUAUGGCAAAUUGCUAGUGAAAACAAACUAUAGUAACCUUGGACUAACUAUGAACAAAUCACGUAAUUUCAGUUUCUUUUAAGUUUUCUUCACUCCAUUGUAGCAUGACAAAAGACUGAUAAUUACAAUAUCUGUUAGUUUUGAUUACUUCUCGGUGAAAUAGUUAUCACGAUUUUAACAUUAUAUGAUAUACAUUUUAAAAAUUGUGACUAAUAUAGUUUAGCUUAUAUGUGAGUUUAUAUAAAAAUAUCACUUUACAAUAUAGUGCAUGGUAUUCAAU